CGCUUGGGCCUAUGUUUAUCACCAAAACGGGAUAUUGAAUCAGAAACGUAACUCGGCCAGAAUCAGUAAAUGCUUUGAAAUCUGUUUUUGAUAGCUGAACGAGCGAUCGUAUGAUGAUCCCCUUACAUCCUAUAAUGAUGUUAUUGGCGAUGCUAGGAUUGACCACUGCUAAUAAGAUAGAGUCUCCCUGCAAUGCGGGUAUUUCUAUUCCCUGGAAUGAUGGUUACCAGUGCAUUUGUCCUCCCAACAAACAAGGCAAAAACUGCAGUGAAGAUGUUCCUGAUGCUGGUAAUUGUACCUGGCCUGGGAAUGAAAACGCAUGUUCCUCAGCACCCUGCCAUGGGGAGGACGCUGUGUGCAUCAACACUUUUGGCGGGAAUUAUAAAUGCUUAUGCCCAUCCGGGACAAACGGCGACCGUUGUGGUGAAGGAACGUAUUGCUUUCCAUGUGCAAGUAAAAGAUGGAGGAACGUCACAUGUCCUGUGUUCAAUGACAAGCCAUUCUUGACAUCGAUGUCUGUACAAGACGUAACACUCAAGACCCAGAUAUCAAGGACAAAAUGCACGAUGGCCGACAACUGGAGCUUCGAUUAUAGAACAGGGUUCAUGUGGUUAGCCAAAGGUUGCAGAGGCGAAUUUUGUGUGCACUACCAAGCAGCUGUGCCAGACAUAACAACUGGACCAAGUACAACAGCUGGACCAGGUGUUGAACGGAUUAGAUUAUUCACAGAAGGAAUACUCGAUAUCACUGUUUUACCAAGUGGAAAAGUUGGGGUAACUCGUAAAGACGGCCAGUCGUCACGUAUUUAUGAUGAUGAUUUCAAUAGUUACAUAGAUCUGAACGAAAGUUUCAGUCGUGUUAGCAACCUGGGUAAAGUGCUGUUCUUUCUUAACUCAACUAGUAGUGCAGUUUUAUAUGAUACUGAUCGGAAAACUCUUGUUACUCAGUUUAUUGGUGUGCAAGAAUUUGCUGUGUUAGAUGCGAAAUAUCUUCAAGGAGAAUUAGUAAGGCAAAUGGAAUUUAUGGCGCUCAUAGAUGCGGCGACUGGUGGUUUAUAUCAAUUCUCCCUCAAAAAUGAUGGUAAUAGAACACUUGUACAUACAUUUACUUCUCCUAAUUAUUUGGCCACAAUGGGAAAUCUUACCAUUGUAAGUGACCGCAGUGAUAAUCUGGUUAUCGCUUUCGAGAUGUCCAUGAUUGAAGCGGGGGGCCAUGAGACCUUUAGGUACGGCGGAUCGACUGAUAAACUCCUCGACGUCUGCAUAGAUAGCAGCUACGGUGUAUUCAUAGCAGACUACUCGAACAACAGGAUAGUACGUCUGAACUUUAUUGGCGAACUUCAGGGAUUCAUCCCAGUGCAGGGUAAACCAGUCGCCGUCACUGUCAAGAGUCCAGGAGUUUUGUUAGUUGGAGAUGAUGAAGGAUAUAUCUACACAAUCCCUUACCAACGAGAUGCUUCAUAAAUCAGAUACAGAGAGCUACGUAGAAAAACAGUGGUUCCAAUUAUAAUUACAGCACCAACGAAUCGGAUACACCAAUUUCGAAAUAAGCACUGUUAUCAAUUACAAUAAACGUAACUGAAUACAUAGUACUACUUAUUAAGUAUCUUUAUCUUUAAGUAGAUAUACGCAAUUUGGCAAAGUCAACUCAUCAAUAUAUGUUGUCACCUUUUGUAGCUACAUUUCUACAGGGUGGCCCUCAACUUUGGAAUAAUUUGUUUUUCGGGUUGAAUUAUUAUGAAUCUAAACGGAGACAAUUCUGAAGAUUCCUAUACCCUGAUGUAAAUUUUUUGGUACAAAAUAAAGCAUGGAAACAUAUGUGCAUUUUAUUAAGGAAAGUAUCCUUGUUUUGUCUUAUUUUAUUUAUGGCUGCCUAUUUUCGUCUCCACGUUUCUCACAACAUGUAUGGUCUACAAUUCAUUUCUUAUGCACGAUACUAAGUGAAACUAAACAUUCUUCUCAAAAUAAAAACUUAAGUACACAGUGUCGUCAUAAUUUAUUUUGUAACAGAAAACAAUUUGGCCAUGUAUAGCAAUUUCU